AUGGUUAUCGAAAAAGUACAUGGUCUUCAGGCCACCGCUCUGAGUUUAAACGAUCGGUUUACACUCUUGGCGAAAGCUGCCCCUGAUCGUGUUAUGCGGCAGCAGCAGCAGCGCAGGCGCAACUCCCUAGGACCAUCGUUAGCACAAAAGUUAAACUUGGGAAAUCAACUAUUGGUUGAACAAGUUGCCCGGCAAUUGGAAAUGCAGGCUAAGCGGGCUCUGAGACAACGCCUGGGCAUACCACAAACAGGAAUACGCAGAUUUGGCAGUGAAAGCAAUUUGCAGAGAUUGAGGAGAUCAAAUAGCUUUGGCAACCUAAGCCAACAAAGUGUUAAAAAUAGAGUUUCUUGGAGAAACAAUGGAAAUCUAAGUAGGUCAGCUUCAUUCAGCAAUUUGACGAGUGCAUCCUGGCGUGGCUUCCGUCGGCGCGCAGGCGUUCAGCGCCAGCUCAGGGGACGAUUCAGAGGUCGGGGUGCCCGCGGUAGGAACGGGCUGGGCGGCGCUCCCCGCGCACAGUACCGCGUGCCGCAGAGAAACCGCGCGCAGCCCGCACCACUCGCACGGCGCGGCCGGGGGGCGGCGCGGGGGAGGGGAGGCGUCACCCGCACACAGCAAAAACCAAUCACCAAAGAAGAGUUAGACCGCCAACUAGAUCAGUACAUGGCCAGUUCUAAGGCAGCCCUAGAUAUAGAACUAGAAAACUAUAUGAAGAAUGCAAUGGAGAUGGAGUGA